UGAAGAAAGACGAAGAUGGCUUCGCUGCCCUACGCCGAUGUCGAUUCCAACCUCAGAGAUCUCGCCGGAAAGGCUGAGGGAUUCGGCCGAUUGGCCAUCGGCGGCCUCCAUGGCCCCAUCUAUUCCGUCACUACAUUGGCCGAUGAUGGACCAGGAUCACUUCGUGAGGGCUGCCGUAGACAAGAACCACUUUGGAUUGUUUUUGAAAUUUCAGGCACCAUUAAUCUUUCAUCCUACUUGAGUGUAUCAUCUUAUAAGACGGUUGAUGGCCGGGGCCAAAGGAUAAAGUUCACAGGCAAGGGCCUGAGACUCAAAGAAUGUGAGCACAUAAUCAUAUGCAACCUGGAAUUUGAAGGUGGUAGAGGACAUGAUGUUGAUGGCAUUCAAAUAAAACCAAAUUCUAGACACAUAUGGAUAGACCGAUGCAGCCUGCAUGAUUAUGAUGAUGGACUUAUAGAUAUCACCCGCCAAAGCACAGAUAUUACAGUUUCUAGAUGUUACUUCUCACAACAUGACAAGACAAUGCUUAUUGGAGCAGACCCUUCUCACAUUGGGGACAGAUGCAUCCGGGUGACCAUUCACCAUUGUUUUUUUGAUGGAACGCGGCAAAGGCAGCCUCGUGUUAGGUUUGGAAAAGUUCAUCUGUAUAACAAUUACACCAGAAAUUGGAGUGUGUAUGCUGUUUGUGCUAGUGUUGAAUCACAGAUAUACUCCCAAAACAACAUCUAUGAAGCAGGAGAGAAGAAAGUGGCUUUUAAAUAUUAUACAGAGAUGCUUUGUGCUUCGAUUUCUCCAAGUGGGCAAUGCCGCAGACAUUUUUGAGUCGAUUCUGUAGGUUUAGAAGACCAUUUACAGAUGGAAAACAAAAGUCUAAAAGGGCACCAUUCAACAAGGGAAGCAUCAGAUAAUUAGAAGUAAUUUUUAUUUAUUUAUUUGGUAUUUGCUUCCACCAUGAUCUUGUGGUGUUCACUGUGUGAUGUUCAUUUACAUAGUUUUAAGCAGUAGCCAGAAAGUAGACAGUCUUAUUCACUACCAUACACCAUGGAGUACCAAACACUAUGAAGAAUCAAGAAUAAGUGUAGUCAGGCAUUCAGUGAACCUGCUUUGAUCACCGUGCUACUCGAUCACCUGCUUUCUUUUUGGUACCAACAAUUAAGAAUUAUAAGAUAUACUUCAGUAUCUCUGAACAAAUCAAUAGCUUCUUAUGGGUUACUGAAGAAUGUAUAACUCUUUUUGUUCAAUGCAAUGUUUUCUAACACGACGAGAUUGUUUGUGAAGACAGAUUUUUUGCUGGUGGCCAUUAACAAUGUUUGAUUCAACUUCCGGUUGUUAUGACACUCUUGAUAGGCAGCAGACAUGGAGGAGGCAAAG